UUUGGAAUUACGCGUACAAAAAAAAGAACCUUUUGUCAAUUCUGCCAAAGUGAUGUUACAAAUUUUGAACGUCACUUAGAGAGAAAUCAUAAGGAUACCAAACCAGUUAGAGAAAUGUUACAAUAUCCGAAAAAGAGUAAACAAAGAUCAGAAAUAAUUCAGCAAAUUAGAAAGCAGGGGAAUUUUCAGGAAUAUUUAAGAGGCACUGUUAGACCGACUUACCAAUCAAAAAACAGACAAGGUGAAUAUGUUCCUUGCGCUUCUUGCAAAGGGCUUUACUCGAAACAGUAUCUUUAUCGUCAUCAUAAAGUUUGUCGAGCGGUUAAAAUAACGAAAGAUCCUGGUACGAUUAAACAUUUAUCAGCUUCUCAAACUUUGAUAGCUUGCAGUUUAGAUACAAGUAAUACUAUCAAUAGACUACGGGUAAAAGAGGAAGUCUUUAAUAAAAUGGCAGCAGAUGAGAUUUCUUUAGUUGCCAAAACAGACAUAGUAAUUGUUCUUUACGGCGAACAAUACUUAAAAAUGCAUAAAAGAGAACAAUUAAAGGUAGUCUGUUCUCAAAAAAUGAGAGAAAUGGCGAGAUUUCUUAUACAAAUACGAAAGAUCGAAAAUAAUGACAAAUUCCCAUUUAUUGAUGUACUUACUCCAUCUAUGUUUGAAAAAGUUUUAGACGCUACGAAAAGAGUUGCAGGCUUCGAUAUCGAAACAAACUCGUACAGGUCUCCAAGUUUACCACCGCACAUAGGCACUGCGUUAAAACAAAUAUCUGAGCUUGUGAUAGCGAUGCUGCUUAGAAAUCCAUCCAUGUUCAAUUGCCAGACUCCUGAUAUUAAAAUAAAGGAAGUGAAAACUUUCUUAAGUUUAAUUAACAGCCAGUGGACCUCGGAAAUAAGCAGUUUAGCCAUGAGAGAUCUUAAUGAAAAAAAGUGGAAAAAGCCACCGAUUUUACCUCUAACGAGAGAUGUUUUAAAAUUUAAAGAUUAUGUGAUUUCGGUGGCAGAUAUAGCUGCUGGUUACCUUCAACUAAAUUUAAAUGAUGCUAAGCAGUAUAAAAAUUUAGUUAACGCUACUCUUACUUUGACUAUAUUGUUUAACAGACGACGAAUAGGUGAUGUGCAAUUUACGGAGUUGAAUUCAUAUUAUUCAAGUUAUUCAACAUCCAAUCAGGAAGAGUUAGUAAAAACUUUGUCACCAUCUGAAAAACAGUUGACAAAGCAUUACAAAAGAGUAGUAACUGGAGGAAAGGGAACGAAACCUAUAGUGAUUUUAUUUCCACGAAAAUUGCAAGACUAUAUGGAUAUGAUUUUAAAAGUGAGACAAAAUACAAAUUUAGUGCUAGAAAAAAAUAAGUAUCUAUUUGCACACCCUAACAGUGCCCAAUGGAUAAGAGCGGAUUCAAUUAUUAGACAAUUUGCUAAUAAAUGCGGAAUACAAAAUCCUUCGCAUAUUUCUUCCAAUAAAUUGCGAAAGCAAAUUGCAACAGUCAUGCAACUUAUAAGUCUGACCAAGGAUGAAACAAAACACUUUGCUGAAUUUAUGGGGCAUAAUGAAAAAACACACAACCAAUUUUACGAAUUACCUCAAGAUAUUUAUCAAACAGCCAAAGUCUCAAAAUUAUUAAUCUUGAUGGAUCAAGGUGGUGGUGAACAGUAUAAAGGGAAAUCUUUAAGUGAAAUCGAAAUCAACCCAGAAACGGAAGAAGCAGUCUGUGAUGAGUCUGAUGACGAUGAUGAAGUCAUUCGAGAUACUGGAAACUCUGUGGAAAAUGUAGUUUUAAACUUCCAACAACCCUCUUCUACCAUCAAAAACAAAUCACCUGUACCAAAUGGUCGUUGGAAAUGGACUAAACAACAACGCCAGCUAAUAAUCAAACAUUUUAAGAACCACAUAAAACAACGUAAGCCUCCAAAAAUAGAUGAAUGCAUGGAAUUCAAAAACAAGCAUCCAAGCUUAUUCGGGGAUAUGUACUGGAAAAAGAUUAAAGCAUAUGUUUAUAACGAAUAUAAACUUAAGUAAUAAUAAAUAUGCAUUU